UUUUGUCAUACCUGCGCAGUUGCUCGCUGCCCAGAUGGAUCCGAGCCUUUGUUAAGAGGAAAGUGUCGGUCCCAUCCGAACAACUCCAUCACAAGCAUUCCUGGGUCCAUACUCUGUCGGUGCGGGCGAAAAGAGCCGAAGAGGAUUUACCCAGGAGACUCUGGGAUCUCAGGACACAAUGCUUCUGGCAGGAUUCCUCCUGAGCUCCUUCCUACAGCUGGCGUCCACCCAGGGCCAGCCAAGAGUCUCUGUGAUCAGCCAGCCGUCAUCCCCGCACGAGUUUCAGAACGUCACCCUGUCCCUCCAGGGAGCGCCGGUCACGAUUUCAUCUUGCCAGUGGGUCCGAGACACCCGGUUGGGGAGGUCAGGCCCCAUCCUUACCUUUUCCCCGGAAGGCAACCCCAGGCUGAAAAAUGAGGAGGCCUACUCCGGCCGAGAAACAGUCCAUCAAAAUUGCUCCUUACAUAUCCAGAGGGUGAGGGUGCAGGAUGCGGGAACAUAUCGGGUGACUUUAAGAACGGCUCACACACAUCAACAAGGCGACAGAGACCAACAGGAAGAAAAAACCUACGAAGCCUCUGUUACUCUACAAGUGUCCAAAUCAAAUAAAAUCGACCUCCAGGUCCAUCAAAUCCCUAAGGUUCCCAAACCGGGUCAGGAUGUCACCCUGGUGACACAUGGAAUUCCAGAAAGGUUUUAUUUUUGUGAGUGGUCAAAGCAGACCGAUUUCUUGGUGUAUAAAGUCAUAAAAACCUACGCCCCGGAGGAUAGGCAGCAGAGCUCCCAACAGGGGAGAGAAGUGAUCCAUCGCAACUGCUCCUUGCAAAUCUCGCAGUUAAAAAUGUCCGACGUGGGCUCCUACCACAUCUAUGUGGAAGCGCCUCUCGACCAGCAGGAUCAACAACCCGGAAAAGGUACCGGUGACCGAGGAGGAGAAGGGAGACAGGUCUACACUGGCAGCGUGAAUUUAGAGGUCACAGAACAAUCACAAACGGAUACCCACCAUUCUGGGUCUUCUUCCUUGACCUACAGUGCAGGAGUUAUGGCUGUCGUAUUGCUUGGAUCAUUUGCCUGGACAGAUCCCUUGUUGACUGUCUUCUCCGUCUUCCUUUGCUCUCUUGCUUCCUUGAGGCCCAAACACCUUCCAUAAAUAUGGGAUUUAGAGGCAGUUGUCUUCUUUUUGAAAGUCUCUCCCCUGUCAUCAGGAAGCUCACAGGAGACAAAAAAAUGUUUCGGCAUCUCUGUCCAAGGAGCACCAAGCGAUGUUUCGAGAAUGACCCGUAAACAUGGUGCUGCCAUGCUUUCUCUUACAACAAAAAUGCCAUAAAGCUAAAAAAGAAUGUGGUUUAUACAGUGUUUGUUGCAUGUGGCUUGCUCCUCCAGGGGAUGAUAUGUGGUGUCUAGAUCUGAACGAUGCAGAUUCCAGUGUUACCUUUGCUCCUCCCUGUUACUUUUUCAGCUAAAGUGCUUUUUUUGCUACCUCAAUUAAAUCUGUUACCUACAAAACUUCA